AACCGUUCCAUUUUCUAUUUUCCAUGUUAUGUUUUCAACUACCCGCCGCCAUGUCUAAACAAAUUCCAUUACCUUGCACAUAAUGUAACGAGCGUCUUCAUUGGCUAUUUCUUCGGAAUUUCCAUUUUAAGUCGUAAAGGAGAAUGGCAGCAAUGCAGCAAGGUAUGCAGACACAGCAACAGGUAGAGGAGAGCAUGAAACCAUUUCGGGAGUUUCUAACCCAGUAUAACAGGAUAACAGAGAAAUGUUUCACAGACUGUGUUUCAGACUUCACAACCAAAAAUAUUUUAAAUUCAGAGAACUCCUGUGCAUUGAACUGUUUAGAGAAAACUUUAAAAACAACUCAAAGAAUAUCAGAAAGAUUUCAAGAACAUCAGAUGUUAAAUGUUGACGACCCAACUGCAGCAGCUAUGCAAACUAUGGGCAAAUGAUGAAUGACCUUACCUAUAGUGUUUUCUAGGAUAACAAAGUGUUUUGGAUGAUAUUAGUGCAUUGGUGUGAAUUGGAGUGCUGCAAAGCAGGAACAAUGACUCAUAUUUGAUGCUGGUUAUAUCUUUCUGGUCCUGAGGUUAUAAAACUAAAUUUGGAGACCAGUCUACAAAAUCCUCUAUCUGAUUGGUUGCCUCUGAGAACAGUUUUCAAACUGACCAAUGUCAAGGCUACAUUUUGAGACUGGUCUUCUAGCUCAAUUUCAUAACCUUGGACCAAUGUUUUUAAAGAAGCAGUCUUGACAGAGCUGACAUUUGUGUAGCUAAUUAUAUAACAAAUGGGAUUUAUAAACAAGGAAAUCAAAUAGUGUUCUGUUUUAAAUGUGAAGUAUAGAUUCAAUAUUGAAUUUGUUU